AGCAACAACAUCUUGCUUGUGCAAUCUCCCACUCACUCUCAACCUAACACCCCAACACCACCCCCACACACACACCAGCCAACAUGGACAUGGUCGGAUACCUCAACACGGCGCAGGAGCACGUGCGCUCCCUCAAGGAGACGCGUCUCGGCGCCUUCCGCCCCGUCGGCGAGUUCUUUGACGUGACUCGCAUCUCGCGUCCAAAGGACUGGAGCGACUACAUGAAGCGCGCGAGCUACAACAUCCGCUACUUCUCGGCCAACUACGUGAUCAUCAUCGCGCUGCUCGCCGUCUACUCGCUCAUCACCAACCCCGUCCUCCUCAUUGCCCUCGGCUUCCUCAUCGGAGGUUUCUUCCUCAUCAGCCGCUUCGUGCCCGAGCCCAUCGAGUUCAACGGCAAGACGAUCACCCCCCAGAACCUGUACACGACACUGUUCGUGAUCGGUACGUUACUUGCGGCGUCUUUGAGAUCCGCGCUGAUCCGCGUUCUCCCAGGUCUUCCUCUCCUCUACUUCUCCGCGCCAUUCUCGACCUUCUUCUGGCUCGUCGGCUCGUCGGGAUGUAUCAUCGGUGCCCACGCUGGAUUUCUUGAGCCUGGUGUCGAGAGCGAGUAUGCCGGUCUCGAGACGGUCUAGACUGGCUGCCAAGGCCCGAUUACUGCGGCGCAAGAUGACUGGUGUGCCGCAGUCUGAAUAGCUGUGACUCUGUGGCCCCACCAUCUAGGUGCCAUGGAACACACACACACAUAGACUGGCGUUGGUGCCUCACCACCAACGCGUGUAUCUUUCUGUUGAGGCGUAUGCAUAUAGCAGAGACUCGGAG